AAACAAGUCUUAUACAUUAUGCCCAAUAAAUAGAUAUCUUAACAGGAAACAGAAUUUUAAGUUAUGAAUAAAAAAAUAAAUAAACGGCCCCCCUCAGAUUUUAUUAAAACUCAUUUAAUGCAAACAUUUGACACAUUCACUGUCUGUAUCCACCAUUUUACUUUUCAAUGUAUUAGUUUAUUGUUGAAAUAGGUGGUUUUCUUUAUCUAUUUGCUGAUAUGCUGACACAAUCGAAUAAAUUUGCUUACGUUCAUAAAAAACGUGGUACUAUUGUAAUGUUUUAAUUCUAUUUAGCAUUGUAUUAUCAAUAUUAACUAUUAAAAAUUCUUCAAAAUUAAAAAGAACAUAAUGGAGUUUGGUGAUUUUUCAACUGUUCCUGAAAGACGUGUGGCUCUGAUCACUGGUAUUACUGGACAGGAUGGAUCAUACCUCGCUGAAUUUCUGCUCAGCAAAGGCUACGAAGUUCAUGGAAUAAUCAGAAGAGCCAGUACUUUCAAUACUGUUCGAAUUCAACAUUUGUAUGCUGAUCCAAAAACUCACAAACAAGGAAAAAUGAAAUUGCAUUAUGGUGAUAUGACCGACAGCUCUUGUUUAGUUAAAAUCAUAGCUGAAGUUAAACCUACCGAAAUUUAUAAUUUGGCUGCUCAAAGCCACGUCAAGGUUUCAUUCGAUUUAAGUGAAUACACAGCAGAAGUGGACGCAGUCGGGUGUCUGCGCCUCCUGGACGCAAUAAGAACCUGUGGUAUGCAGAAUUAUGUUCGUUUUUACCAAGCUAGUACUAGCGAAUUAUAUGGAAAAGUAGUUGAAACACCACAAACUGAAAAAACACCUUUUUAUCCACGAUCUCCUUAUGCUUGCGCAAAAUUGUAUGGAUAUUGGAUUGUUGUAAACUAUAGAGAAGCUUACAAUAUGUUUGCUUGCAAUGGUAUCUUAUUCAACCAUGAAUCACCACGAAGAGGAGAAAAUUUUGUAACUAGAAAAAUUACUAGAUCGGUAGCCAAAAUCCAUUUAGGCCAACUAGAAUUCUUUGAAUUAGGCAAUUUGGAUUCCCAAAGAGAUUGGGGUCAUGCAAAAGACUAUGUUGAAGCCAUGUGGCUAAUGUUACAACGAUCUACACCAGAAGAUUAUGUUAUUGCAACUGGCCACACUCGUAGUGUUAGGGAAUUUGUAGAAGCUAGUUUCAGGCAUAUUGGAGUAACAAUAACAUGGAGAGGAAAAGGCUUAGAAGAACAAGGUGUCGAUGAAAACACUGGUAUCGUCCGUGUUAAAGUUAAUGAAAAAUAUUUCCGGCCUACAGAAGUGGAUCUUUUACUUGGAGAUGCCUCAAAAGCAAAGAAAGAAUUAGGUUGGGCGCCUAAAAUUUCAUUUGAAGAGCUAGUCGAAGAUAUGAUGACCUCCGAUAUUGAACUUAUGAAGAAAAAUCCUUUAGCUUAA